AUGGGAAGUCAACCCAGCAGGGGGAAAACCCUGCCAAGCCCAAGCACAAGCCCCUCUGUCCAAGACCAGGGCCCUCUACCCAUGCAACCAGAGAGGAAAAGGGCCACAGCCGUGGCCUUGGGCAGUUUCCCAGUAGGCGAGCAGGCGGAGCUGUCACUGAGACUGGGGGAGCCACUAACCAUCAUCUCUGAGAACGGAGACUGGUGGACGGUGGUGUCGGAGGCCUCAGGCAGAGAGUACAGUGUCCCAAGUGUCCACGUGGCCAAAAUCUCCCAUGGGUGGCUAUAUGAGGGCCUGAGCCGGGAGAAAGCUGAGGAACUGCUGUUGCUGCCUGGAAACCCUGGGGGGGCCUUCCUCAUUCGGGAGAGCCAGACUAGGAGAGGCUGUUACUCCCUGUCAGUCCGCCUCAGCCGCCCUGCGUCGUGGGACCGGAUCAGACACUACAGGAUCCAGCGCCUUGACAACGGCUGGCUGUACAUCUCACCACGCCUCACCUUCCCUUCACUCCAGGCCCUGGUAGACCAUUACUCUGAGCUGGCGGAUGACAUCUGCUGCCUCCUCAAGGAGCCCUGCACCCUGUGGAGAACUGCCCCAGUCCCUGGCAAGCACAUACCACUACCUGUGACUGUGCAGACGGAGCCCCUCAACUGGAAAGAGUUGGACAGCUCCGUCCUGUUCUCUGAAGCACCUGCCACAGGGGAGGCGUCGCUCCUCAGCGAGGGGCUGCGGGAGGCCCUCAGCUCCUACAUCAGCCUGACCGAUGACAUCUCCUUGGACGAUGUCAAAGCCCAGAGCAGAGACCGAAGGGGGAACCAACGCUAUAGCACCUAGAACCCCAGUUCAGUUCAGCUGACGGAGCAGCGCAGAGGAAGGCUGCACACUGAGGGGAAGGGGAGGGACACAGAGGCACAUUCAGGGUCCCACCUCUGUCCUCUGUUCCUUCCUCUCAGCUGUAAGAAGUCACAAACCUCCUCCCAGUGCCAUGAUCUUGCCUGCAACCUCUAGUUCAAGUGCAGACCAAUUGAGGGCAGAGCCAGGCCUCCAAAGAGACUAAACUUCCUCUGUGGUCUGAUGCAGUCAGUGCCCAGGUUUAUUCCAGCACAUCUUCCUCCCCUGCCAAUUGAGUGCCAUUCAAACCCUUCUCCCUGCUAACCAGACCCACCCAUAAAGUAGAAGAAAACCACUAACAUCAAGAAGGAAAAACAUUUUACAAGGGACAGGAAAGCAGAGAUGGCUCACCACAGCAGCAGACCCUGGGCUGUCCAGUCUCCUCCUACCCCAAAGCACAACGAAGGACCCCUGAUAGUACAGGUGCUCAAAUGUCCUGAUCGAGCCCCUUCUCUGAACAGCCGUAGCUCCCAGAUCUCCAUUUCAUUUUGCAGCUUAUCAUUUGGACCUGGCCAAGCCUUAGCGGCGCUGCCAUCUGGUGGCCCAAUGCAAAGUGACACCUUCUGAGGUUAACACACUGUGAUGAGGUCAGUUAUACGUGGCCCUUGAGCUGGGCAGGAGCCCUAGGGCACCAGAAAGUG